GCAUUACUGAAUUGAUUCCCCACCCCUGGACUUUUAUGCCAUUAGUCUUAGAGUUUUGAAUAUCUUGAAUUCUCUUAAGUGCAUAUGUAGAAGUGUAUUCAUCCAAAUGUUUUACUUUCAUCUCAAAUAGUUUAAAUGAUACAGUGAUGUUAUAUAGAGGUUUUCAAAGUGUUUUAAAAAGAAUACUACAAUUUUUGGUAAAAGUUCUAUAACAGUGAGUGAAAUACUAGAAAAGAGAGCCACAUUUUUUUUUAAUUCCCUUUUAAAACACUGUAGGAAUUUCUAAUUAAAAGAGAACCCGUAGAAGAAUUACUGAGGAAGAUUGCUUACUUAGAGUUUUGGUAUACUUAGGUUUUUCUAAACAUGUAAGGUCUUGUGGCAUAUUUGUUUAGUAAAAAUAUCUGAAAUGUGGUUGAAAGGCCAAUAUCCUGAUAGCUUUAGGUCCAAUAAAGAAGUUAAGUCUCAUCUUUCUAGGGGAAAAUUUAUUUUCAAUUUCUUCUCCAGCAACUCUAAUCUGUGCUUGCUGAGAAAGCAUGGAAAGUCACCAGUUUCCCUGGACCUCUACUUUGCCUUUGUAUUUCAUUAGGAAAUGUAGACUUGCACACGUAUUCUUUGUAGUUUCACAGCCAGUCCCGAGAUCCUUCCUAAGUUUGGGACAAGUAACCGGCAUUUUUCACAUAGAGGUUUUGUUGAAUUGAGAGUGUGAUUUGCCAGAGGUCAGUAUGUUAGUGAGCAGCUGACUGAAGAGGUCAGUAUGUUAGUGAGCAGCUGACUGAAGAGGUCAGUAUGUUAGUGAGCCGCUGACUGAAGCUAGCAAACCUGCUGGUCCCUGCUACACUCCUCACUCACCUGCUCAUCCUUCAGAGCCAUGGAACGAACCUCAGCACAGGCAGGGACACACAGAAGUGAGUGGAAGGGGAAAGGCAGAUUAUUUUUGAAGUUAAAGGGACUACAUUUCAAUAUCACUUAGAUAAGUGAGCUUGUAAAAGUCACUUAAACUGAAUGAAUUUAGACUAAAAAAGGAAACAAUAGCUGUCAUUACAGGAACUUGAAAAGACUAAGUGUGAUAGUACAGUUAUCGUUGUGGGAACAAGUUCAGGACUAUCUGUUAGCAGGACUUCAUUUUUAUUAGGUGGUAGGUGAAAGUCUAGAGAGCAUAGAUGCUGCAGUCAGUAUUUGUAAAGUGUUCUGUUUUCUAGAGGCUGUGUUAACGGAAUGGUCACAGAUAGAAUAUUUUAUCUUGGAAUCCAGUGUUUAGUGACUUACUGUUGCUCCAUAAAUCUGAAGAGAAAUAAUUUGUUUAAGAGAAUGUGGAGAAAACUGUCAAAUAUAAAUAUUUUGGAGAUGUAUAGUGACUUUUGUCCACUGAUAGUUUAUACAGUACAGUCACUUUCUUAUUUAAAAAUUAGCAUGCAUUAUUAAGAAUAUGUUAAAUUAUUUUAAUAGUAAUCUUAAAUUAGUUUUGGAGGUAUGCUUUUGUCUGCUAUCGCAAAUACUAUUAGUGAACAGAUAAUACUAACAGUACUGUUUAUCUCCUGAGGAAGUUUAAAAUUGUCAGAACUCUUUAUUUUGUAGAAAAAAAAAAACUGUCAAGCUCCUCCUUGGGAUAAAAGUGCCAGGGUGAGCAGAAGUGUCUCCUUGGAGAACUAAGAAUCAAGAAGAAAUGCUUUUAUUGAGCUGAUGGAGUCAGUGAAUUCCCUAGAGUAUGAAUAUGAACCCCACAGAGAUGAGAAUAUAUAAAAAAUUGGAGGCCAAGAUACUUCCUUUUGAAGACAGACGGCUCAUUCAUAGGCUAUAAAGAGAAACCUCAAGAUGUGGACUUACCUUAUCCCCUCAACAACUUCUCAGUGGCAAAAUGUCAAUUAAUGAAAACAGAACGACCAAAGCCAAAUACAUUUAUUAUCAGAUGUCUUCAGUGGACCACUGUUAUAGAGAGAACAUUUCAUGUAGAUACUCCAGAGGAAAGAGAAGAAUGGACAGAAGCUAUCCAAGCUGUAGCCGAUCGACUGCAGAGGCAAGAAGAGGAGAGGAUGAAUUGUAGUCCAACGUCACAGAUUGAUAAUAUUGGAGAGGAAGAGAUGGAUGCAUCUACAACCCAUCAUAAAAGAAAGACAAUGAAUGAUUUUGACUAUUUGAAACUGCUAGGUAAAGGCACUUUUGGGAAGGUUAUUUUGGUUCGAGAGAAGGCAAGUGGAAAAUACUACGCUAUGAAGAUUCUGAAGAAAGAAGUCAUUAUCGCAAAGGAUGAAGUGGCACAUACUCUGACUGAGAGCAGAGUUCUAAAGAACACCAGACAUCCAUUUCUAACAUCCUUGAAAUAUUCCUUCCAGACAAAAGACCGUUUGUGUUUUGUGAUGGAAUAUGUUAAUGGGGGAGAGCUGUUUUUCCAUUUGUCGAGAGAGCGGGUGUUCUCUGAGGACCGCACACGUUUCUAUGGUGCAGAAAUUGUCUCUGCUUUGGACUAUCUACAUUCUGGAAAGAUUGUGUACCGAGAUCUCAAGUUGGAGAAUUUGAUGCUAGAUAAGGAUGGCCAUAUAAAAAUUACGGAUUUUGGACUUUGCAAAGAAGGGAUCACAGAUGCAGCUACCAUGAAGACAUUCUGUGGUACACCAGAGUAUCUGGCACCAGAGGUAUUAGAAGAUAAUGACUAUGGCCGAGCUGUGGACUGGUGGGGCCUAGGUGUUGUCAUGUAUGAAAUGAUGUGUGGGAGGUUGCCUUUCUACAACCAGGAUCAUGAGAAACUCUUUGAACUAAUACUCAUGGAAGACAUCAAAUUCCCCCGAACACUCUCUUCAGAUGCAAAGUCAUUGCUUUCAGGGCUCUUGAUAAAGGAUCCAAAUAAACGCCUUGGUGGAGGGCCAGAUGAUGCAAAAGAGAUAAUGAGGCACAGUUUCUUUUCUGGAGUAAACUGGCAGGACGUAUAUGACAAAAAGAUGACGACGACGGCAUGGACUGCAUGGAUAAUGAGCGGCGGCCACACUUCCCUCAGUUCUCCUACUCUGCAAGCGGACGGGAAUAAGUUCCUUUCAGUCUGUCUCUACACUGUCAUCUUAGAUUUUGCCACUGAGAAUGAUUCCUGGACAUCUCCACCAGUCCUCGCUCUUACAGUUAGCAGGGGCACCUUCUGACAUCCCUGACCAGCCAAGGGUCUUCACCCUCACCACCUCUCACCCACAUGAAACCAUAGACACAGACACUCCAGUUUUGUUUUUGCAUGAAAUUGUAUCUCAGUCUAAGGUCUCAUGCUGUUGCUGCUACUGUCUUACUAUUAUACAACUUUCAGAAGUAAUUUUACAACCUUUGGGAGUCAUGGGCCCAUUGUUCAUUUGUGCAUCAAGUGUCAUCUUCUUUUGGUUUUUGGUUUUCCCUAGCAGUGAAGGCUAUAUGAGAUACACUGAUUCUAGGUACAUUGUUAACUUUCUAGGAGAUAAAUCAAGAACUAAUUAGACUAAGAAGAUUUAGUUUCUAUUUCUGAACAAGCAGUUGUUAAAGGGUGGUGGUGUGUGUAUGUAAGAGUUUAGCAGCGCAUGUCUGACCAGCACAUGAAGUGUGUAUCACUGACAUUUGGCUGGAAAUCCUUAGGAAACAUUGAGAGGACUGAAGGGCCGAUUUGAGAUACACAUAGCUUUUUAAUUCCUGCUGGAUAUUGUGGAGGAAGCCCAGUGCCACCUAUGGACACCCAGAUUUCAAGGGCAGAUGGAGACCGUUCAACCAAGCACUGAAGGUGCAGAGUCACCUAGAAAGGCUUAGGGUCUACUUUGUACCAGAGAGUAUUUCCCCUGGGCUUGGCAACCUUUUCCCUUUCUUGACAUUUAUCACCUCUGAUGGCUGAAGAAUGUAGACAGUACAGUGAUCCUGCUGUCACCAAAAUCCAUACACCAAGGUGGACGGGUGUUUGCCUUACCAGUUUUGAAGUUGUUACUUUCAGUUAUAGGUAAAUUAGCUUUUUCUCAGAUGUUAAAACUUUGAAUGUCCUUUAUGGUUUUGUUUCUAUUACGGUAGUAUUUAUUUUUUAGUGGUAAGAAUUGUGUUGUCAUGUUAGCAAGCGCAGCUCCAAUUCGCAGCUCCAAUUCACAGGUCAUUGCCUGUGGUUUCUUUCCACCCAUGUGCAAGGAAUGUACACACCCAUUAGAAUCAUGCACUUUUCUCCUAGGUAAGAAGAAAUGGUAAGGCUCUGGGAUUGUAUCUGUGGUUAGAAUCUGGUUAGAGCCUUUGGGAGAGGAGAUGCUGUAAUUUGACCCCUUGGAGCUGAAAUGAGAAAAUCCCAAUACCCAAUGCCAAGGGGUUGGUAGAGCAAGUGGAUAUGAGAGUAUAGCCUAGCAUAAAGUAAUGGAGAGAGCGGAGACCCGGUGACGAUGAGAAAUGCACUCUCCUCAGCAAAGUGAACACAUCACAACCAUUCACACAGUAGCAAGGAAAGGAUAAGAAGAAGGUGAUGUGUUUAUUCUUAUCAAGGUACAUUCAUUACUGAAUCAAGCCAUCAGGGAAAACAACAAAACAAAACACCUCUAGCUUUUAUUUUUCUGUACAUACUCAUGUCUCCCAACCCAAACAUUUCUCACUGAGAGGGGACAUGUAUGCAAACCUCAUCUUUCUCCUUCAUUAAUGAUGAUCUUCAGAUUAAACCCUUUGGUGCUAGGAGCUGACACUUUCCAAAGCAGACUAUGAAGUCCAAGGAUCAAAGCCUUUCUUGCAGCAAGCAAGAGGGCAACUGCUGCUCCAAGGAGUGAUUACGGAAAUGGAUUCCAGCUACUGACUGGCAGCUCCCAAAUGGAAGACGACAGUGUGACCUAGCAGUGUCACUGCAGUGUGGGUGUGCGUAGGAAGUCAUGCUCUCAUGCAGAUGUCUUGGCCUCUGGGCUCGGACUUAGGGAAGCAGAGCCGCUGCUGGCGGUGGCUGGCCGCUGGGACCGCUGGGACCGCUGGGACGUAAAGGGCAUUUUACUAAGGCAGCUAAGACUGACUCAGACAUAGAUUUUGUCCUCAUUUUUCAUGUUUCUACCUGGGUGAGUUUACCCUUAGUGGGAAGUAGGAAGUUAAACAGGUGUACAGCCUUACAUCUGCAGUCUUCUUUUUUCCUACAUACAAGUAUGUUGAAUGUUUCACACUGACAAGAAAGUAGAUUAGAUGGUAUGUCCUUUAAGUUACCUUGCAUCCAUUCUGGAAGAAAGAAGUAGGAGAGGAAGAAAAGCAAGCCGAGCCUGGCUGAUGUUCAGAGCAUUUAUCCUUCAGAAGGAGCAGACACUGUAUACUAAGCACACAGCUGCUUUUGACUCCUCCCAAGUCUUAAGGUAAUUUCAUGACCUUGGCCAAGGAUACUUGGUGAAGAUUAAUGAGGGGACAUUGACAAUGCCUCAGGCUGGCCACUCCUCACACCUGGCCUUUGGUCCCCAGCCUUUCAAGGGACUGCUCAUCCCAUCCCUAACUCCCCGGGUGUCACAGCAGGCGCAUUCUUGGCUUUGAUUUCAAGAGUUCUCUCCUGGCACCUUCCACCAGAUGUCAGUUAAAGGGCAGGAGUAGAGCAGAGAGGUGUGGGGAGGAGGCUCUGAAAUCUUAAGUUGCCUAGGCCUACAGCUUAGGGCUCUGGCAGUUGAAAUGGCCCGAAACGGGGCAUCAUCAUGUCUGGAUGCGGCUCUGGCUUUGUGAUUCCAGCUCCUACCAGCUCCACCUUGACCUCUUGUCACCAUGCAGGGCUGUCUGGGAGGAAACUGGCCACUUGUGCUCAGACUGCUGCCAGCAUUCUCACAGCUUUGCUCUCCACAUUAAUGACCUAGAUUAUUCCAGUAUUGUUUCCAUUUCCCACCUGACCUCCAGCUUCUCAGAGCUGACUUCUUGCAGGGGCCACAUGCUUCUCUUUCCCUCACUAACUGCAGGGUCUCCAGCACACCUCAGUGUACACACUUUGCUGCUACCGUCUGUACUGUCUACAUCACAAUUCCCUGAGCUUGCUCCUGGUACUGCAUUACAGGCAAGCAUGAAGUGUAAAGUAUUUAUUUAAAUAAAAAGGAAACCUCUGGAUUGGUCACCGAGUCACCUCCCUAUAGAUUCGUAGUCUGUGGCAUAUUUUGACUUUCUAGUUCUUCUGCUAGAUCCAUACAAGGUCUGGUCAUCUGGUUAAGGGUUUGAAGCAGACACAGCUACGAACCCGGAUGCUGUCAUCACUGUCACGGCUGGCUACACUACAGAUGUUCGUGUCCUUACAUUUAUGACCACAGGGUGUGAAGUAACUACCAAGAACCUGGUUUUGUACACUGUACACCUCGGUAUCUCACACUCUGACAGGGACACACAUGACUUCCUUCGUACAGACAGCUUAAAUAAAGCCCUGUGUCAAUCCGCUACUCCUCUGUUUGUUGUUGUUGGAUAUGGCUCUGUAACUUCAGAAAACUAAAUUUCGUUCUUUUCUGGAAAAAGGACUAUAGCCCCAGCUGUUAUUAACCAGCCUGUAUGACGGUGUGACAGGAAAAGAGGUAAAUAGAUAAGACACAGACGGGGUGUUCCCCUUGACCAAAAUGCCAAUAGCCUGUGUGUUUGUAGCAACUGAUGAAGGGCUAGGAGUGCAGUCCCUGGCCACCAGCAGCAGAUUUUAAGGCACAUCUACUAGGAUGCCAGAAAAAGAGUAGAUUGCAGACCCUAAAGGUCUUGAUAAGAAAUGGUGUGGGCCCCAAAUUCUCAAGGAAUGCAGCUUGUCACUAAUGUCUUCCUGAUAACACACAGCUCCAGACACUUCUUUGCAAGUGUAUCUUUAACCCUUCAUGUCAGUUUAUAACGUAGACAUAGUAAUCGAUGGCCAGAAUGUCUGGAUUACAUUGUUUUGGAUGGGGUGUAUUUCUGAUUUUACCUCAUAAGCUACAACUGUAGAACUUGGCUUUGCUCUUGUGAGUUCAACAGGGAGAGGAGUGACUUUUGGGACCAGUUAGUCAGGCAUGCAUGUGUAUUUCUCACAGCCAAAUCUGGAGGCAUUCUUACAUGUGCUGUCCUCAAAAUCAACUGGGGUUGGCAGAUCCAUGAGGCUGAAAUAAAGUGACCUCUACAACUCUUUAAAGGUGCUAUUUUUAGAAUAUUGUAUAAUUUAUUCAUGGUAUAAAUACAUAAAACAGAAUUGAGGACAGUUAAAAUAUGUGACAGCUUUAUUGCUAGCACAUUUGAUGAAACCAGAAACUUCUCAGAAUAGAAGUUCUGCUGUUCGAGGCUUGCACCUUUGACAUGCCCCAGAGAUGAGGAUGGCCCAUGCACCGUCCUGCUACCACCACCUCCAUGGCCUAAGCUGCAUGUUUGUGAGGGGCAGGCUGAGCAUGUGGACACCAGGCCUCAGCUGAGCGCCCUGGGCUGCUGGGCUGCUGGGCUGCUGGCAGGGAGAGGUGAGGUGUCACAUGCAGCCUUGCCCCCAGUGUUUCAUCCCACCCUCAAACGCCGUGACCAUCUCAGCAUCCAGGCUCUAUUCCUGUCUGUCUGUUCGCUUUUGUUUUUUGUUUUUGUCUUCGUUCGUUUUGUGGAGCCGGGAGAGGACCCCGGGGCCUCACAUGCUGGGCAAGUGCCCUGCCACCGAGCUACACCCCAGACCUUCCAGUGUCCAUUUGUGUUCCUUUAAAGCAUUUGAGGGCUUGACUGUAUAGUAGAAAUACUAUUUUAGACUAAGAAUAUGAUCUGUGUACAGAUAUUUGAUAUACUGUUAAGUAAAUUUUCUAAUUUCACAUACAUUUGUUUUUAGGCUCCUCUCAAGUACUGCUAUUGAAGACAAAAAUCUGACACCAUCGAGCCAAAGAUGCCUUUUUUGGGGGAGGGGGGAGGGGUUUGCUUUGUGUUGUUUAGAGAAUGGGAAAAUAAUGCAGAGUGCUUCCUGAGUGCACACAGUUCAGUGGGAAAUGCUGAAUGCUGGCUACUGGCAGACAUGAUCACGGGGGGUGGGGGGAGAAAAUGGUGACCGGCAGGAGGAGAGGUGGUCUUCAGUACACUUUGGCUGACUUCAAACAUGUGCCUUUUGGUGUGUUUUGUCAUUGCUACAAAAUGAAAAGGAAACAGAACAACUCAAGUCUUUAGAAAGACUUUUUAUUAAUCCCUGUGCAUACUUUAGAGACAAGGGAAAUCAGUGACUUGAAGCUGUUCUGAGCACACACUCCCGACUAGCCCUAGCCAGUUGACGCUGAAGCACUCCCUGUCUGUAGCACAGGGACAGGCCAUGGCGUGAGGACCAGCCCCCCUGCAGUCCCUGCUGGUGUCUCCCUGGGGAGGUUUCGGUGCACUGUGCACAUUAAGUACAAAUCAGAUGAAUGUAAAUAUCUCUUUGUAAAUCAUUUAUUUCACUCUGUUUCAUCCAGGUCAGCAAUCAGAUUGUGGCAUGCUGGGUAACUGGAAAAAAAUGAUAAUAAAAAGUAAGUUUAAAUAGA